GUAUCGAAAUUAACUAGUUGUUCUUUUUAUAACUCUAGACAUGAAAAAUUUGUCAUCUCUUUUCGAUAUUUUAUACAAUUUUCAUUAGGAUGUGCGUUUGCCCACCGAUUGCAUUAAAGAUCGCACUGCUGUUAUCAAUCGCCGCAAACAUAGCCCUAACUAGCAUGGAAAUGUAUAAUAAUAGCGAUUCCAAGCAGGUUAUACUAACCGUAAACUUGGUGGCCUGCUUCAUUGCGCUUCUUUUCUUGGCCCUGGGAGUUUAUGGAGCGAUAAUGAAUCAUAUCGUAAUUAUUAGGAUGCUGCUGUUCGUUUUGGUAGUGUUCUGUUUGUUUAAGAUAAUUAUGUGGAUAGUCUGUGCGAAUCUGUCGCCAGCUCUGUCCGAUGCCGUCAUUCAUAUUUGGUUCAUGGUCAACACGGCGGCUUCGGUAUUAGAAAAUAGUCUGCGCGGCUUUUGUUUUCAUGUUCUGGAUGCGUCUGCAUGAGCUUACACGAGAAUUUCAAAUGGGCUAUUAGUCUGAGGAAGAAUAAAAAUUUUUUAAAUCUAAUCUUAAGUAUAUCGCUUUGAUACCUUAAAAAACUGAUGAAAACGUGUCUAAUGGAAAUAAUUAGGAACAAAAAAGAAAACAAGAAUAUUUCUAGAAGUUUCUCACAUACGAAGUUCCGUUCCCUUAAUAAUAUUUGGAUUAAUAUAUUAAUAUCUAUUAUAUCAGAACUAAAUUAAAAUACCCUAAUUUUAUGCUGCUUUCUGAAAAAUGUGUGCAAUCUUUACUCAUUAGUAAUAGUGACGUGAGUUAAGUCCCAACUUUACCACUUUAAUCCUGAAACUUCCACCCUGAAAGUGACCUCAAAGUGCUGAUGAAGUUGUUGAUACCGGCAGGCGUGGCAAUUUGUGGGUUGUGU